UUUAAUGAUUGCCAACGGCAGUUCACUUGUUUCAUUAAUUUCAGAUAAGGCAUAUGAUAAAAAGAUUUCUGGCUAUCUACAUGUACUUCAGGAUGAUUCUCGCCGUCGACUUUAUGCCAUUCUCAAAGCCAAUCUUUUAUUUUUGUUUAAAUCAGAAGAGAGGUUAGAGAUCCCUUUACUUCUUAUAAUAAUGGAAGAUUGUGUUGUUGAACUUGCAGACGAUAAUUCUACUGGAAUGGAACAUUCCUUUGUUAUAAGAUUUAAUACAACUGGACAAACUUAUGUAAUGGCCACAGAAAAUCAAGAACAAUUAAAGAAUUGGAUUUCUUUAUUAACUUCUUGUUCGAUUGAAUUUAUGCGAGCAACAAAGGAAUCACUUGAAAGUGAACACGAUGAUCGCAAUCGGCAACACAAAUUAAUAAAUGAUGAGCAAGGAAUUAGCAAUAGUCAAAAUAAAUAG